CCUCCAACUGUUUCCCUCUUACAGCGACCAAACGCGGAAGUAAACAAACCUCUCGAUCCUUUCGGUGCCAACCCAGCUCUCCGCAUCGCCGAGCAAUUCUCAUCCUCCCUGAAUUGCAACCAUUAUCCCAUAUCUGGCAUGAGAAAGCCCCUCCAUGGUUCUUUAACUGAUACCUGUCUGCUAUUGCAAUCUCAACCUGACAAGCACGAUGCUUGGAUGGGCACUGAAACGAAAUGCUGCCAACGCGAAAGACGCCCUUUUAUUUGCAGAUGAUACCCAAAUCGAUCAGCCCGACACUCCUGCUCCAGUGUUUGCUGUGCGUGCAUUGAAGUCGGCCCUCUUCGGAACCCCAGCUCCUCAAGGGCACCAUGCGGAACAUGAGACUGGCGACAUGGCCGCCGAGAAAGAACUAGGCACAGUCGAUUCUGGCACAUAUGAUGCAAAAUCCCCUGCAAAGCCACCCGGGAUCCUCCUGACACCUGGCACGGGCACGACGCGUCGGAAACGCGUCUCCUUUGGCCAUGACGUCAAAGCUGGUGUAGCAGGGCAACAGGGACUGCUAGAGGAAGGUGCAGGGAAAUCUCCCAGCCUCUUUGUUGGGAAGGAUGGAGAUGGCAAAAAGACCAGGCCCAAGAGCAGGUUGACACAAGCCUUGGAGAAUGCGAGGAAACACAAGAAUCCUCCAGUGACUGGCUUGGAGGCGAGAGACUCUGCACCCGGAGCCACACAGGGCAAGGAUAUCCGAGAAGAUGUUGGUGAUCUGGAGCGUGAUCCCGACGUAACUAUCGACCUCAAUGAACCCCAUUCUCGAUCUGGGAAAUACUGGAAAACCUGCUUCGAAACCUACCAUGCCGAUGCCAAGGCUGAGAUGGAGAAACUUGUCAAGUACAAGCAGCUCGCCAAGUCCUACGCCAAAAUGAAGGAUUCCGAGGCUCUGGAUCUGCAGCAAAGGUUGAAGGAGGAGCAAGAACGGGUAAAACGGAUGGAAGCCCGGAUCUCGGAGACGACCCGACUCGUCGCCUCGGGCGCUAAAGACAACGGCGGUGCCUACGAUGACACCAUGGUCGCUGACCUUGCUAAGCAGACUGCCCUGGCCGUCGAGUAUCGAGAGCAGGUGCGAGAGCUGGAGGAGCUUCUUAAAGACGGCAGUGAUCACGAAUCCGAGGACAAGCCUAAGCGGCGGAGACAAGGCGCAUCCCCACGCACUCAGAGGACACUUCUCGAGACCCAACGCGAGCUGAGAAAGGCACGCAUUCAAGUCAGGGAGAUUGGGAGACUCAAGGACGAAGUAAAUCGACUGAGAUCCGAUCUGCUAUUUGCUGAGCAGAGGACGGCGAAACUGGCCGACGAAAACAAAAAACUUGCUGGCGACCUCUCCCAGAAGAGCUCCAGAUCCCUGGAUUUGGAGAGGAAGCUGGAGGAAUCCAGGACUGAAGCUCGACAGAAGGACCGGGAGUUAAGGAGACUGAAGAGCGAGCACGAUCAGUUGAAGGAGAAUGCGAAGACCCGCUUCGUUGAGGCCGAACACGUCGUUCAGAAGAAGAACGAGAAAAUAUCCAGUCUCAAGGAUGAGCUUAGGACUCUCAAGACGGAGACGGAGCCGAGACGUCCAGCUCAGACCAAAGACUUGGAGACAGGAUGGAAGACCGACCGCGGAAAUAUCAAGCCGAAGGACCGGGCGACGGCCGAUGACGAGCCAAAGAAGUUGCGUGACACGCUGGAUAGCGUCCGGCAGGCCAGUCUCUCGAAAGGGCUUAAGAUCCAACAUACGUCCAGUGACGGCAGGUCUGGGUCCGGCUCUAAUUCUAAGGCUUGCGAAGACGAGACCCUUAUUUCAUCCCGCGCACUCCGUGAGAGAAUCCAGGCCGAUUUUAGGAAGAGCAGCUCGUCGUCUGUUCUGAGCGACCGUGGGAAUCUUCAGGACAUUAGGCGAACUAACUCCGGAUCCAGUAGCCGGCACUCGUUCCCUUCCAAGGAAAAUACCCCGGCCACCACGCUGGAACCUUCUCUGCCAACACAUCCACGAAUCUCCAAGGUCGGCCCCGGUGUGGGAGACAACACGAACGGGCUCCGAAGGAAGCCGUCGAAGGGGUAUUCCGAGCAACGGAAAGUCCCCGCAGCCAGGCCGUCGUCCGCCGGUAGCGACACCGGGCACAUUGAUCUGGUCCACGGCAACUUUGCCCGUCUCGGCGGUCCCGAUGCCAAUGCCAGCACUGCGUGGAGCAUCAACACUAGCAGGGUGGCUUCAUUGCCUGCGGACAGACGGGCUGCUGCUAUUGCUCGACUCGAGCGCAAGAAAGCCGAGCGGUCGAGGUCUCACACCAAGGCCAAGGAGCAGCUCAAAUCUCACCAUCAACGGGCCACCACCCCCUCGUCCCCCAACGGCGUCACCCCACCACCCCCACCGCCGACCCAAUCCGCCCACUUCCUCCUCCUCCUCUCCGACUCCGCCCUCCCCCUCGGCUCCUUCGCCUUCAGCUCGGGCCUCGAGUCCUUCCUCGCCCACGGCUCCGCCGCCGCCCGCCGCUCCCCGGCCACCUUCGCCGCCUUCCUCCCGGCGUCCGUGUCCUCCCUCGCCUCGGCCGCCCUGCCCUUCGUCCUGGCCGCGCACCGCGACCCCGCCGCCGUCCCGCACCUCGACGACGCCCUCGACGCCGCCAUCGUGUGCACCGUCGGCCGGAGGGCGUCGGUCGCCCAGGGGAGGGCCCUGCUCGCCGUGUGGGAGCGGUCGUUCGCCGACGGCUUGGUGGUCGUCGGCGGCGGCGGCGGGGCGCGCGGGGUGGAGGCGUUGCGCGGGUUCGGGAGGCUCCUGAAGGGCGCGUCGGGGGGAGGGGAGUACGCCGUCCCGCCCGUGUCUGCGCACCUGGCGCCGCUGUUCGGGGCCAUCGCGAACUUGGUCGGCUUGGGGCUGCGGCAGACGGCGUACGUGUUCAUGCUGAGCCACGUCAAGGCGCUCGUGUCGGCGGCCGUGAGGGCGGGCUUGCUGGGGCCGUACCAGGCGCAGAAGAUGCUGGCCAGCGCGGCGGUGCAGAGCCUUAUCGCCGCGGUCAUCGAGAGGGAGUGGCAUACCCGCGUCGAGGAGGCGGGCCAGAGCGUGCCGAUUAUGGACUUGUGGAUUGGGAGGCAUGAGAUGCUGUACUCGAGGAUCUUUAAUAGCUGA